GGGAAAGGGGAGGUUGUAGUGACGACGGGGGGAACCCAGGGCUGGCCUGAUGACGCGACCCUGAAGCAACAGCUGAUGCGAGGUGGACUGCUGGAUGACUGACCGCUGACGGGUUGAUUAAGAGGACGCAAACUAGCGAUCCAUGAAGGAAAGUAACUUUUGCUUAUCUGCUGUCUUGCUGUGUGAGUGGGCCAUCGGUCAUCUGUCUAAGUUUUAAGAACUGUCCUUUUCCCGAGGGGUGCCGACUUCCUGGAGCUGUGCAGCCUGACUGAAGAGAGACAGCUGAUAUGCACGAUCGUACGUCUGCUAAAGGAAAGUAAAACAAUCAUUCUGUCUUAGUGUGGAUGAGCCAGCUCAAGGUUUACGAAGUAUUAAAACAUUGUUCUCUCCCCGAGGGCGAUUGCUGCGUGGAAGAGCGCGCCUGCCGACAAGGAAGUCUUCUGCGCAUUUUGGACAGCAGUCUGAGCGUGCCCUAACGUCUCUGGCUGCAGGGAGGCGGACUCCACGGAGACAGCGCUGCUACACCACCCAGUGCAUUGUGGGAUUUGUUGUUUUCUUGGUCGGCGAGGAGGGUGCCGCCGACCAAUGUUAUUUCUCUGAUUGGGGGCCAGCAAUGCGCGACAGCGGAGGGGGCGUGGACUGUGUCAUGUGAGGAGGUGGACCUGGAUCGUUUGUUUGCUCGGGUCGAGGAGCUGAGCCUGAAGGAACCUUCUGGAAGGCUGGUGAAGCUGAAGCAGGUGGUGCUGCACCCAGACUUCAGGACCCUUAGCGGGAGGUUCACCAACAACAUCGCCCUGGUGCAGCUCCAGGAGGCCGUGUCCUUUAUCGACACAAUGAAGCCCGUGUUACUACCCAGCCCGCGAGACGUCUUCAGCACCGACACUGAGUGCUGGGUCACCGGAUGGGGCAACGUAGCUGUGGGGCGGCUGCUGGGUGGGAACCAGACUCUCCAGGAGCUGCAGGUGUCUCUGGUUGAUGAUGCAACAUGUCAUCAGAUUAACCCUUCCCAUACUGACAGCCAGCUGUGUGCUGGUGACCUGAGAGAAGGAAAGAGUGCCUGUUCGGGUGAUGGUGGUGCUCCCCUGGUGUGUGUCCUAGCAGUAGAUGUGAAGAGGAGGUUUGUGCAGGUCGGACUGGUCAGCUUUUGGGGGUGUGACCGAAGGAAAAACGGAGAUAUUUACACAAACGUCCUCCACUUCACACAGUUCAUCCGGGACACCAUUGAAGAGGCAGAAUGCAACAAUCUGCCACCUUUCGAAGCAUGUUUUCUAUAAGUAACUAGUGCUGCUAUCAUGGUUAAAGUCAUUCACUCUCUUGGACUAUGUGUGUCAACCUCUUCAGCUGCCCACAGGUGUAACCCUCUGCAGGGCCUGGAGGCCACAUUCAUCUUGUACUACAAACAUCACACACACACACACACACACAUAGACACACACCUGAAAUCAUUUCUUGUAGUUGCUCUGUCUGUCUCAUAUAUUGCAUUCUUCACAUAGACACAGCUCUCUGCAUGUCUGCAUGCUUGAUGUUCUUUGUUUAUUGAAAUGUGUGUUUUGCAGUUCUUAAAACAAAUUAGCACACAAUAAAGUUUUUAAAAAGU